UGAGAAGUUCCCUGGGGACUUUGAAUCAGCAGCUUCUAUGUAAACUUGAUCGAAAGCGCUAGAGGAUGCACGAAUUGUAAUUCCAGUCCGUUGAAUGUAGCGUGGAUGGGCUGUAAAAAUUCCCGCCGGACGACAAAUAUCAGAAAGAGGAUAUGUUUAUGUGUUUCCUACCUUAAGAGCAAAUAUGGGGUAUUUCGGAGACUGGAGUAUGAACAUCCAAACGGGUAAAGCGCUGUACCUGGCUGCCUUAGGCACCAAGCUCGCCAAGCCCGACAUCAAAAGUUCGAGCGGAAGAUAACCCAGGAAGUUAUUGCUGGUGGAAAUCGGCCUCACAACCUAGCACAACACAAUAUGAUUGCCCGGCAACUGUGUAUGCGGCAGAGCCGCCAGCUUCAUGCCUUCAACCGCCAGGCUCGGACGCUGAACUCGCUCAACCGAUUCUACUCAACUGGACCACCAGUCGACACCACACUUCAGACCCGUAUCCGGGAGCGUUCUGCCGAGAUCGAGUCCCGCUAUCAAAAUGAUGCCGCUCCUGAGAGAAUCUCAAGGAGGCGUGCCGAACAGUUGGCUUGGAAGGCGCGAGGCGAACGAAGAUACAAAUUCCAAGACCUUGGCAGCAGCGUGACAGACGCCUACAGACCAGAGGAGAUCAUCCGAAACCCUCCUAAGCCUUCCGACGUUACCCUCGAACUGCUCCUCGCUUCUCAGACACACCUCGGACACUCAACGUCCCGCUGGAACCCCCAGAACUCGCGCUAUAUCUUCGGUAUUCGAGACGGCAUCCAUGUCAUCUCCCUGGACGUGACCGCGGCGUACCUGCGUCGUGCGGCCAAGGUGGUAGAGGAAGUCGCAGCCCGCGGCGGAUUGAUCCUCUUCGUCGGUACACGGAAGGGUCAAAAGAGAUACGUGGUCCGCGCCGCCGAACUGGCCAAGGGCUACCACAUCUUCGAGCGAUGGAUUCCCGGCAGUUUGACCAACGGACAGCAGAUCCUGGGCCACUGCGAGACUAAGGUCGUGAAUGCUAUGGAUGACGAAAUCCCCAAGUACAGGGAAGCCUUGGCCGACCGUUCGGUCCUCAAACCUGACCUGGUGGUCUGCCUCAACCCUCUCGAGAACGUCGUCUUGCUCCACGAGUGUGGCCUCAAUAACGUCCCCACCAUCGGUGUCAUUGACACGGAUGCUGAUCCUACCCGCGUCACAUACCCCAUCCCCUCCAAUGACGACAGCAUGCGUGCCAUCGGUGUCAUUGCCGGUGUCCUGGGACGGGCAGGAGAAGCCGGUCAACAAAGGAGACUGGAGAACGCAAAGAACGGAGUCCUAACCUACCCACCCGUCGCUCCUGAAGACCUCCUCUCCGAAGAGCGUCUGGCCGAGCUCGCCCAAAUCGAAGCUGGAAACGCUGCUGCCAACGCUGAGGCCGCCGAACUUGCCAACAAGCUUGACGAGGCCGUGCAGUCCACCGAAACCGAACAGGCCUCGACCCCCAAGGAAGCCGAGCAGCCUACCGAACCCCAACCCGAGCCCCAGGCCCAGGUCCCAGAAACCGAGAAGCCCGCCGAACCUCAACCAGAACAGCCUAAGACGCAGGCCCAGGCCCCGGAAACCCCCGUUAAGGACCAGUAAUGAAGAGCAUUUCGUUGGCGUUGCUCUCUUCCUGUCUUGAUUUCUUUUUCCAACCUUAUCUCUCUCUGCUUACGUGUGAGCCUUGAAGCAAACUUAUGGGACUGUAACUGUAUAGAACAUUGUAAAUUCCUUGAUUCGCCUGGUGUUAUAACAAACAUGUAUUACCAAUAUGACGCAUUUUGUGCCUCUUUUCUCG